GACUGUCCUGUGCUGACGGGGACCCGACCCUGCCAGGAUGGCCAGUGGGGCCUGUGUCACAGAGCAUCAGGCUCCUGGCCUCUGGAGCAGAAACUGGCCGGCAGCCCCAGACUUGGCCACCGUGUCCUCCAGUGUCUGUCCCCUGGGAACCUCACCGGGGCUGUUCCCAGGCAGGAGCCAGCGUCCUAGCUUUCUGGGGCCCCGGGCCAGGCUGCCGCAGCCGGGGAUGCUCACUCAGGCAGGCUGGUGUGCGGGGGGCCCCCGUGGCCGCCCCGUCCACACCGCCUAGCCUGCCCCUCUACAGCUGGGUCGUCCUGGGCGGGGCCUCGCAGGAGACGACUCUGACUCCUGGAGACCUCGGAGUGGGAGCUUGUCCCUGGGAGCCGGGCCUCCCCCACCCGUGGGCGCGCAGGAAGGGGAAGUGGGGGCCGGGCUCACUGCUCCCGGUGGGCGGGAGGCCUGCUGGUGGCGAGUUAGGCGUCUCCCAGCUGCGCCCAAGCCACCGCACUCAGCGUCCCUGCUGUCCCCUCAGCCGCUCACAGAUGGACAGUCUUGCCACCCAGGGUCCCGUCGCGAUGGACUGGUGGAGGGACAAUUUCUUCAUCAUCCUGGCCGCGGCCAUCGUCACUGUGUCAGUGGGCCUGGCCCUCAUCCUGUACUGUGUGUGUCGGCAGCUGCUGAGACAGGGAAAGAAGUGGCACGUGGCCAAGCCCUCGAGUGGGCACAGGGACGAGGAGAAAACGUACGAGAAUGUUCUUAAUGAAUCACCAGUUCAGUUACCCCCCCUGCCGCCCAGGGGUUUGCUCUUUCCAGAACACGCCCCCCCACAGGAUGCCCUGAUUCAGCCGCCGGCCACUUACUCGCUGGUCAAUAAGGUCAGAAAUAUGAAGACGGAUUCCAUCCCGAGCUACAUUGAGCCUCUAGAUGACUAUGAUGAUGUCGAAAUCCCUGCAAACAUGGAAAAGCGUCAUUUCUGAGACACCGUGUCUGCCUUCUGGCGGGCAGGGAGCUGAAGGGCAUUGGUGCAGCAGAUUUCACGCCGUGGAGAGUGGAAGCGCUUCGGUAACGGGACCCGAUCGCAGGCGGGGCUGUGGCACAGCACCGUGGAAUAAACACUCCCGGAGCUUCGACCCAGGGCCCCAUGGCCACAUGCCUCCCAGAGGAAAGGGGCCGCGGCUCUGCCCCAGAGACCGGAGCGGUCAGGCCUUGAGCUACUGCGGACGGGAGCCCCGGGGUUCUGCAGCUCCCAUACGUGAGAAACCCCCAUUCCUGACACUCCUUGCCCCUUCCCUUCUGUUUGGUUCUAAGCUAUCCUGGAUCUUGCUGUUUGGCUAUAGAGCCCCCAGCUCCCCCUCCCCCGCUGGCCCUCGGGCCCACCCACCUGUCACUGUCACACCCAGGGCUUGGGGACAGUGCGGCUGAGCGCUCGUGUGUGCGGUCACACGUCACACCCAGCAGGCUCUUCAAGGGUUAGUGGUGCUUUUUGUUCUUGGGAACUGUCCCCACCUACGCACACCCCACACCCCAGUGCCCCUCUGUGACAUGCACGGAUGGGCAGACGCAGAGAUCCAGGUGCUCGCCGGGUUCUUGCUUCCCGGCAGCGCUGUGACUGUCCACACAGAUGUCGCCUUCUGGACCCAAGCCCAUACAUGAUGCAUCGCAGUAUCAUUUUGCAGUGUGUAUAAACAGGGAGCUACGGGAAAGUCAGUUCCCCCGGGGUGGGGGGAGGGGAAAUUGCAGGGAACAGGAAAGCAAGGGCUGUUAAAGGGCAGAUUCGAGAUGAGAGUUCAAGGGGCUUCAGUCCUUGCGUCUGAUGCUCAUGACCACUUCCUCCCCUGUCCCAACCGCCCGGGAUCACUGUCCCCAAGCCCCUCAGCAUGGUGGGGCCGCUGACGAGACGCGGGCAAGAGGGUCACGGUCCCCAGGGCCCCAGUCAGCUUGGAGGCUCUGACCCCGGCGCUGAUCUCCUGGAGCCCCAGGACGGACGCUUCGGAAGCAGAUCAGAGAUGCUCAGCUGGAAGCAACCACCGGGAAAUCAGCACUGAGCAGGCUGUGGGGAGCGCGCCGUGGACCCCAGAAGACCUGGAGUGGCCCUGGGACUGAGCUCCUUGGCACGAGAUGGACAGACAGCUGCACCUGCUGUGUUUGAGCUCCCCCCCGGCCACCGCCGGACCAGUGGGGACUUGUGCUUUCUCCAGGCUCUGUCUCCCUACAUGCCACGGACGUCCAGCGUCCUGUGUUACUACUGCCUUAUGGUGGCCCGUGGUUGCCUCACUGUGGCCUUGUGGCGGGACUCUGGGACCCCGUGACCCCGAGAGGACUCUCCUCCAAGUGCUGGGGGAAAAAAAUAAGCCAAAGGGCAUAAGUGUUUCACACA